GGUCUCUGGUGGCAAGCCGGCAACCACUGUGGCGUGGCCGGGCUCUCAGGCUCAGGAGAAAGCUCCAGCUCCGCGCGGCACGUGGGGGCCGGUCAUGUCGCGGCUCCCGAAGCUCGCCGUCUUUGAUCUGGAUUACACGCUCUGGCCCUUCUGGGUUGACACGCACGUGGACCCCCCGUUCCACAAAAGCAGUGAUGGAACUGUACGAGACAGGCGAGGCCAGAACAUCCGAUUGUACCCGGAGGUAACCGAAGUCCUGGACCAGUUGCAGGGUCUUGGGGUGCCCGUCGCGGCCGCCUCGCGGACAGGUGAGAUACAAGGGGCCAACCAGCUACUGGAGCUCUUUAACCUUACCAGAUACUUCGUGCAGCGUGAAAUCUAUCCAGGCAGCAAGGUCACACACUUUGAGAGGUUACAGCAGAAGACUGGAGUUCCUUUCUCCCAGAUGAUCUUCUUUGAUGAUGAGAAGCGGAAUAUUGUAGAUGUCAGCCAACUUGGUGUCACCUGCAUUCAUAUCCAGAAUGGAAUGAGUCUUCAAACCCUAACUCAAGGGUUAGAGAUGUUUGCAAAGGCUCAGGUGGGGCCUUGAGUUUCAGCCCUGUGGAUGAAGCCUCAUUUGAGGCCUAAAACUGAAGGAAAAUCAAGGAAGCAUUUUCAGGUGCACUUGUAAUUUAUUAAAGUGGAUCUGUGAGUGAGAUGGAAUUUUA